AUGAGUGACUCGAUCUAUACUAAUUAUCCUCCGGAACUGAACCCCGCACAGAAGGACUUCCUGGUGAAGGCUAUCAAGGAUUGGGCUACGCAGAAUGGCUUGAUGGUCCGACCUCCUCCUACGUUCAUCUCAAAAGAGUCUGACCCGUAUGGUGUACUGGCGACGAACGCUCCAGUAACGUUAUUUCCGAGUCUCUUCCCAAGGGCAUGCUUCGACGAAGCCAAGGCAUUGCAGACUGUGUACAACAAGCUUUAUGCUGCAAUUACAUGUAAUGAGGAAUGGCUGGGCACGAUUAUGGAAGAUCUGAUUGACGUUGACGACUUCAUCUCCCGUCUGUGGAAAGUUCACCUCUCAGUCAAGAAGGAGGGUUAUGUUCAGAAUUUGUCGCUUGGUUUAUAUCGAUCCGAUUACAUGGCUCACUCUCCGACAAACGCGGACGCCCCUUCUUUGAAACAAGUGGAGUUUAACACUAUCUCGUCGUCCUUCGGCGGCCUGUCUUCUCUGGUGCGAAAGCUCCAUUCAGAGCUUCUUACCUCCCCGCCAGGCUAUCCCAUCUCAUAUCCUCCGCACCCACUGUUCGAGUCGAACGUACCUCCCGAGAACACUGCUGUGGAAACCUUGUCAGCCGGGCUGGCUGCAGCGCAUUCUGCUUACGGGCCUUCGAAGUCGACCCCGGCUCUUCCCACGUGUAUUCUGUUCGUGGUACAGGAGAACGAACGGAACAUAUUUGACCAGCUGGCACUCUCCAGACAGCUUACUACCGUCCAUAAGGUUCCCGUUUUCCGACUCCUCAGUACCGAGAUUUUGGAUCACACAUCGAUUCCCGGCUCAAACGCCUCUAGGCCUCUCAUCUACAGUCCCCCUCACUCACCAGACACGCGGUUUGAAGUGACAACUGUGUAUCUCCGCUGCUUCUAUGCCCCGACGGAUUACACCUCCGAGCGUGACUGGGAGGCGCGGACACAGUUGGAGCGUUCUGCAGCGAUCAAAUGCCCCACCGUCCUGAAUCAGUUGGCAGGAUCUAAGAUUGUACAACAAGUGCUGGCAGAGACUGCAGGGCCCGAUCACCUUGCGAACUUCAUGGCAGACACCGACCCGGCCACUGUCGCCCGCUUACGGGAAACAUUUGCGCCUCAGUACGACCUUUCUUCAAACGGGCAGGGCCGAGAAUUGGCUCUGAAUCCCGAAACAGCUCUCAACCACGUCCUCAAACCGCAGCGGGAAGGAGGCGGCAACAACAUUUAUAAGUCUGCCAUUCCCGGCUUCUUACGGUCAAUUCCAGAAAGUGAAUGGAAGCGGUGGAUCCUGAUGGAACUGAUCCGCCCGCCGGCUGAGGCCAAGAAUGUGGCUCUGAGGAGUGAUGGCGAGGUACUCAGUGGCAAGGUCAUUGGGGAGUUAGGUAUCUAUGGUACUAUUCUCUGGGAUCAAUCCAAUGGAAAUGUCCUGCAGAACGAGCAAGGCGGGUGGUUGAUGAGGACGAAGGCGAAGGAUGUUAAUGAGGGGGGAGUGGCCACGGGAUUCUCCAGUUUAGAUAGCAUUCUUCUUUUCUAA